UUUUAUUAACGGUUUGUGAGUAACAUUUUGUAUAUUUCUGCCUACUGCUUGUGUUUGUUUUAAUAGUCUUGAAUUUUAAUCAAUUCUUUGUUUCUUAUUGAUAUAAUUGAAGCGAUGAUUGAAAAAUUGUGAUUAGAAUCAUGACUUCCAAUAUCAUCAUCUCGGAUUACAUAGGAAACAGAACCAUAUUUGGUUCUAAUGGACCAACAAUUUUUCUUCAGAAAGCUUCCGCUCAGGUUAUUGCUGGUCUAUUUGUCUGGAUGGCUUUAAUUAUAACUUGUCAUCAGAUUUAUCAACACUUGAAGCUUUACACUAUGCCUUCCGAACAAAAAUACAUCAUUCGGAUUGCUUUUAUUGUCCCCAUUUAUGGAUUUGAUUGCUGGUUGAGUCUUCUAUUCUUUAAGUACAAUUAUUAUGUAUAUUUCGAUUCCAUAAGAGACUGGUAUGAAGCUUUUGUUAUUUACAAUUUCUUGGCUUUAUGCUAUGAAUACCUAGGAGGUGAAGGUAACAUCAUGUCAGACAUCAGAGGUCGUCCGAUUGAAAGCACUUGGCUCUAUGGUACUUGCUGUUUGCAAGGGAAAACAUAUACAAUCAGUUUUCUUCGUUUUUGUAAACAAGCAACAUUGCAAUUCUGUGCAAUCAAACCCAUCAUGUCAGUCAUUAUUUUAAUACUCCAAGCUCUUGGGCAAUAUCAAGAUGGUGAUUGGAGCCCGAAUGGAACUUAUCUUUACGUCACUUUGAUCAACAAUUUUUCAAUCUCUUUAGCCCUUUAUGGGUUAAUACUUUUCUUCCAAGCCACAAAAGAUUUAUUGAGACCCUAUGAUCCUGUUUGGAAAUUUUUAACAGUCAAAUCAAUUAUUUUCUUAUCUUUUUGGCAAGGUGUGAUAUUAUCUAUUCUGGAGAAAGCUGAUCUUCUUCCUGAAUUUUAUUAUGAUGGCUCAAAAGCUAGUAACCGAACUGUUGCUGCUGGUUAUCAAAAUUUUCUCAUUUGUGUUGAAAUGUUCUUUGCCUCGUUGGCUCUUCGUUAUGCUUUUCCUUACAAGAUUUAUGGUAAUGGUUGGGCUGAUGGUGGCGUAAAAUCUGUAACCAUGCAAAGUAUAUCUAGUAGUUUAAAGGAAACAAUGAAUCCUAAAGACAUUAUGAACGAUGCCAUCCAUAAUUUUCACCCUCAAUACCAACAUUACACUCAAUACCAUUCAUCUGUCGUGACUAAAGCUUUAACGCCCGAUUCAACCAGUGGACAAUACUCAAAGCCAUUCGCUGGUUCAAACAAACGGCCUUUCACUCAACGAACAUUUUCUUAUAGUUUCAAGUCUAAAGACAAAGAUGGUGAUUCCAUGGGUUAUAUAAAUCCAACUGCCAUGUUAGAUGGUGAUGAAAGUGAUCUUGCCUACAACGAUCAUAAAACAAAAUCUAGAUCAAGCUCAUCGAAGAAACAAAAAGAUAAUUCAGAAGAUCAUCACUAUUCCUUUUCUGAGAAAGUCAAUCUUUUAGAUUCUGAAGAUGACUUUCCGUAAAGUUAAAAGGGGAUUCAAAGAGAUGUGAUUCUAUUUGAUAAUGAAUGCUGAACCGAGACAAAUUUUCUUUUAUUUAUUAUCAAUUCUUCCACUUUUGUUUUAAUCAUCUAAUGUCAUGUUCAAAUCGCACAUUUUCAUCAACCAUCAAUCGCCAUUCUCGUCUAGAAAUAGUCAUUCUGAUUUGAUUGCAACAAUGAGAGCAAUUGGGAUAAUUUUUCGGUAAAAUGGAUGGAUUUCUAUUCCGCCGGUCCAUGACACUGUAUAAAUCAUUGUUUCCAUAGAAAGAAAGUGAUUCACUCCAAGAAUUGACAACUUUUUGAAAUAUUGAGAGUUGAAUUUGCUCAGAAUCAGUUAUCUAAUCUACAGCAAACAACUUGAUGAUUAACCAGAAAUUUAUUUUUCUGUUUCAUUGAAAAAAGUUUCUUUUCUUAUUUCCGCCGAUCAAAAACUUGAAGUGAGUUUGUAGUCAAUGCUCCAACUCUUCAAAACUGAUACAUUUUGUAAGAACCAUAAAUUUCUAGUUAACCUUUAGGAUUUACUCUAUUCAAUUAAUGUUAGCCAUCAAAUUUGUUAUCCUUAAUAUUCACAAUUAACUGCUGUUUCAGCUUUCAACUUAGUCAAAUGUUACUUAAUAUAGUUCCUUAACACUGUCCCAAAAUUGUUAAUUUGAAUGCGAUAUUAAUUUAGAUUGUUUUUUUCAGUCAACUCCGAUGUUAUCAAUCAAAAUUUGGAUAAUUGGGAAUCCAUGAAAGUCAAAUUGAUAACCAAUCAUGUCCAACUCUUAUUAAUACAAUUCAAAUCUAAAUGAUCUUGAAUUCAAAUCAAAUCAUAAAGAAACAAAUUAAUAUUUGCCCUUCCCACCAAAUCUUUUUUUUGUGUUUCUAAUGCCAAAGAUGAUUGCUCUUAUUUAUACUUCAUUUUGUACAUUUUUUCCUUAUUUCAUUUUUUGUUUACUUAUUGUCAUAUUACUAUGAUUAUUGUCAACACCAACAGAAAUUUAUUUCAUUCAAAUAAUAUUAAAUAUGUUUGAAUUACUUUAAA